AUGAAUAUUAUCACUUUAUCACCAUCCUUAUCACUAUCACCAUUAAUCCUAUCUUCACUCGUUUCCUCACCAUUAUCACUUUCACUGCCAUUAUCAUCAUCAUCAUCAUCAUCCUUAUCAUCAUCAUUGACGUCAACAUCAUCAUCAUCAUCAUCAUCAUCCCAGUCAAUAAAUCAUCAAACAAUAACGAAUCAGUGCGGAAAACGACAUAUAAUAUUGGAUUACAAGCAUCCGGAAUACGUAAUCAGUUUUCCGGCUGCAUCAACCUCUGAUAAUACGGAUUAUAAGCAUUCAAAAGGAAGCAAUUUAGUAUCAGAGGAAAAGCAAAACGAACAAUUUCAACUUCCUUAUCCAUUACAUUUGUAUAUUAACAAUGAUAUUUUAUUGUUUCAAAACGAUGUGAUAUUGAAUUGGUAUUAA